CUCUCUCUCUCUCUCUCGCUCAUACACAUAGUUCAGAGCUGAGAAGUGAAAACCAUUCAGUAUGGUUUCCAAGAAAACCAUGUCAUCCCUUGUCUUCCUCGUGGCACUGCUGCUCUCUUGCAGCUCCAUGAGCAGUGCGUUACGGUACCUGCAGGAGACGAAGCCCAAGGAAGAGUACCCGCCGCACUCCACUGUGCCAGAGAUUCCGAAGCCUGAACUGCCGCCACACCCUACUGUACCGGAGUUGCCAAAGCCUGAACUGCCACCGCACCCCACUGUCCCGGAGCUGCCCAAGCCUGAAAUGCCACCGCACCCUACUGAGCCGGAGCUGCCAAAGCCUGAACUGCCACACCCCGCCGUGCCGGAGUUGCCAAAGCCCGAGCUGCCACACCCAGCCGUGCCGGAGCUGCCGCACCCAACGGUGCCAGAGGUGCCGAAGCCCGAGCUACCGCACCCCACGGUGAAAGAGGUGCCGAAGCCCAAGCUGCCGCACCCCGCCGUGCCGGAGGUGCCAAAGCCCGACCUGCCGCACCCCGCCGUGCCAGAGGUGCCAAAGCCCGACCUACCGCACCCCGCCGUGCCGGAGGUGCCAAAGUCCGACCUGCCGCACCCCGCCGUGCCAGAGGUGCCAAAGCCCGAGCUGCCACACCCUGCCGUUCCGGAGCUGACGCACCCAGUAGUGCCAGAGAUGCCGAAGCCAGAGUUGCCACACCCUGUCGUGCCAGAAAUUCCAAAACCGGAGCUGCCAAAGCCUGAACUGCCGCCUCACCCCACCGUACCAGAGCUGCCAAAGCCCGAGCUGCCGCACGUGCCAGAGGAGCCAAAGCAUGAGCAGCCACCGAAGCCGGAGAGCCACUACCCGGUGCCAGAGGCCAAGCCAUGAUCGGACUGCAUCCGUGUUGUCCUAGUAAUAAAUACUUAUGUGCUUGUGUGUAUGAUGGUGUAUUAAUAUUUCAUGCUCUGUGUGUGAUUUUGUUGGUCAUCAGCUAGCUAGGAGCGUGACGUUUCAGUGUUGUACGUUAUGCUGCUUUAAUUUGUCCUUUGAUGAUACGUAUGUAUUACCUUUUCAAUUUAUGUAUACACAGUAUCACGUACAUAUGUUUCAUUUA